AUGCUACUCCUCGCAUGGAGAAUAGCCACAUCAGGCGCUGAGUUCCGAUUGGGCGAAGGCCACCUGCUACGAUGGACUCUGGCCCGUGAGCUGAUGGAUGCUUUUGUUUCUAUCGAGCAAUGGCAAGAAGCCUUGGCAUUCGCAAGAUCAGUCUCCUCGAUUGGCCGCCAAAUAUUUCCGCAGAACUGGCCGGUGGUUUCUUUGAGCCUCGCAAGACUUGCGAAGCUGGAGCUCUACCAUGGAAACUUCGCCAAUGCUUCGCGCUGUUGCGAGGAAGCGCUCCACGCUGGAGGCCAACAGCCUUCGCCAUCGGCUCUUUGUUGGGAUGACCGGCCAGCGAUCGCAAGCGAACUGCAGCAGGUCUUGGCUCAGGCCAAUGCUGAGGCUCGGGCGAUGCCCAGAGGCAACGCCCACUUCUCUGCACAGGGUUACACGAUGUUACACGGUUCACAAGUUCACAAGUUUCCAUGCUCUGCUUCCUUGAAUCCACAGGUUGUUCGCUUCCAUGUGUGA